AUGGAGCCUCAUUCGCGCCGCCGUCAUGGCACGUUGCUGCUUCCACAGGCCCUGAUUCUCUUCCUCAGGUCGUGUUUCGCCGACUCGCCAGGACUCGCUGUAACACAGUCUCACACCGAUAUUCCCUAUUCAGGCUGGUGGGAGACUAUAAAGAGACGCCUAUUUCAACGCCUACUUCACGUUCUCUCCUUUAUUGAUAGCAGAGAGUCUAUUUUUGUGGGCAUGGUGAAGUUGACGGCGAUUUGUGGCAUCGGUAUCGGCUCGGCGCUCUGGAUAUGGAGCAACCACAGCAAAGAAAAGAAGACCUCACGCUCUGUCAGCGGAUCGAGGAAAUCGGUAUCAGAUGUUUCCAGCGAUGAAGAUGCUACGGCAACCGAUCCUGGCCUCCUAAAGAAGCAUUCCACCGUGCGAGCAUACAAAGUACCCAGGACAGGCUUCACCUACCCGGCCAUCCGCACCUUCUAUCGUCCACACUCCCAGGAGAAGAAGUUGCCUAGCAAACCGAAUCCUGUUCCACUCCUUGUCUUCAUUCAUGGACUUGGGGGGUCCGCGGCUCAGUUUCAUCCCAUUCUUGUGAGCUUGGUCAACUUAGCACCAUGUCUCGCAAUUGAUCUCCCUGGAUGCGGCGUCUCGUCGUUUGAACCCAAGGAUUGGAACGCGUAUACAACCGAGGCCCUUGUGCAUCUCCUCGCCGUUAUCAUCGAGGCGCAUCGAGACCGCGAUGGAGGUCAAGGUGUCGUCCUCAUCGGCCAUAGUAUGGGUUGUUCUUUGGCAGCGCUCCUCGCGUCUUCCUCGUCCCCAUAUGCAGACCUAAUCUCAGAGCACAUUAAUGGCCUGAUUGCAGUCUGCCCAAACGCCGAACCGCCGACCAAAAGGCAGUGCAAAAGUAUAAAUCUUGUUACUUCGAUCCCCGGCCCUAUCUUCGAGUUGAUGCGUAAACUCGAUCGCCGAGGAGGUGUUAAUAGCAAAAGCGUUGAGCGAAUGGCUGGUCCAAAUGCUGAAGAGGAAACCAAGAAAUUGCAACUCCGAUUCAAUGAACAGAGCCAAACCCCGGUCUGGCAACGGAUGGCGCGUGGCAUGAUUCCCGACUAUUCUAUGGGAACCCCGCAGGGUGGCCUUCCAGGAAAGGAAGUCUGGAGUGGACUGCAGCUUCCAGUGUUCCUUGCAGCCGGUGACGCUGACAAUAUCACACCUACUCAUAACGUGGAGAAAAUUGUGAGGUUCCUAGGAAGAGACAUGUCUGCCAUCGAACGACGGAAAGAACCAGUCAGUCUGCCAAUUGCUGCCAUUCCGAUAGAUCCCGCCACGAUCGAUCCUGCGAUCGCAGAACGAAAGCACCAAGACUCAGGGGUAGAUGCACGAGACCUACCUCAACUUCUCGAUGACAACACCGUUCCCGCCUCUUCUACAGCCUCUUCGACGGGCGAAAGCUUGGUAAAUGCUGACACAACUUCUUCAACGGGAGAGAGCGCAACCAUUGCGGAAACGUCAGCGUCUACCAAUCUAGUCUCGCCUGCCUCCGAGCUCCCGCCACCGUAUCCCCGACGCCUUGUCAUUAAGACUACGAUUCUUCCCAAGCCAGCAGCUCAUGCUUUGCUGUUCGCGCCAUCCAGUUCUCGCACUCUCGCAGGGCUCAUCGGCACCUUCCUCGCCGACCACGUCGACCCACGUCUCUCUCUCGGCUGGCAACUGCAGUACUUAACAGCCGGGGGCAAAUGGGAUGUCAAGAACCUAGAGAAAUGGAGAGCGGUGCAGCCAGUGUCACUCCCCAUCGCCAACGUCUUCCGCGCGAUGAAGACGCUACGCGAAGUAGACGAGCACCACGCACCGAAGAUCUUCGUAAAGGAGUGGGCCGGCAAGAUCCGCGCGAUUGUAGAUAUUAGCCACGACUCGCCAGUCUACGAUCCAAAGGGCAUCGAGGACGGCGGAAUCGAGUACCAUAAGUUCCCGACCGUCUCAAAACUGCCGCCGACGGUGGAUGAGGUCCGCCAGUUCACCGCGCUGAUCGACAAGAUCCGUGCGGAGCUGAAGCAGGGUGUGGGCGCCGGUGAGCAAGCGCAAGCGCUUAUAGGCGUUCACUGCCACUAUGGCUUCAACCGCACGGGCUUCUUCGUCGUCAGCUAUCUCGUUGAGCGGCUGGGCUACAAGGUCGAAGAGGCCAUCGAUUUGUUCGCGACUGCUCGCCAGCCCGGCAUCAGACACGAGCACUUCAUCAAUGAACUCCAUGUUAGGUAUUGUGUCGGCCUCAAAAAAGCUCCCACUCUUUAA